AUGUCCCCCUCACGAGAUGAUGAGGAAUCGUGCUCCUCCACUCGUUUCCUUCUGCCAGGUGUCGGUGAUACCGAAGACCUGGAGAGAUAUGAACGCGGGGGGCUCCAUCCGGUCCACCUUGGAGAUCGAUAUGAUGACGGCCGCUAUAAAGUCAUCCACAAGCUCGGCGCUGGCGGGUUUUCUACCGUUUGGCUUGCGCAAGACCUCAUGCAGCAGAAGUGGGUGGCCCUGAAAAUCGUUCUUGCCGAUGAAUCGCCAUCAGUGGAAACCAAGACCAUCCUAAGUCACCGUGUAGCUUCGCAAUGCAGUAGUGACGCGGUGUUUGUCACGUACGCUCGGUACUUUCAUAUCGAUGGUCCGAAUGGUCGCCACCUAUGUUUGGUUCUCCCGGUUUUAGGUCCUUCGGCCUCCAGGUUAUCCCAUUACAUGGGUAGCAGAAUCGAACCCUGGCUGGCACGCCGUGCGGGUUACCAAACAGCGAGAGCAUUGGCUGAUCUGCACGCUCAGAACUUAUGUCACGGGGACCUAACAACAGCCAACAUUAUGUUUCGAGUGGUGGAAUUUGAUCGCUAUACUGAGGAUGACAUAUACCGUCUCUUCGGCAAACCGGAGACAGGACCACUGGAAACGGAGUCAGGAGAAACUCCAGGUGCAGAGGCUCCACGAUACAUCGUGAAGUCACUCGACUUUCUCUCCUCCGAAACCGAUAUUAUCAGUAACGACAUUAGUCUUAUCGACUUCGACCAAGCAUUCCUCAUUUCGUCACCCCCAGGAAAAAUGCUAGCUACACCAAUGGAGUUCCUCGCUCCUGAGGUGGCCGUCGGCCGGCCAGCCAGCCCGGCGAGUGACGUCUGGGCUCUGGGCUGCUCUAUUGUCCGGCUUAGAGAUGGAGAAGGCCUGUUCUCAGCCUAUGAUAUUACCUCGCCAGCGGAUUUGAUGCGGGGUAUUAUUCAGGCUCUCGGGGACAUGCCAGCUUCUUGGGAGGAUACGCUGUUCGAUUCAGACGGACAGCCAACCAAAGAUCCGGCAAAAGGUAAACCUGUCUGGAAGUUUACGGACAAACGGCCGAUCAAAGAACGGGUUUACAGGAUAUGGGACAACCCGAGCAGUAGGGCUAGCAAGUCAACGAAAGCUCUGGCAGUGAGUCAAGGGGAGAAGGUGGACCAGGUCUUGGACUGGGAAAGCCACAAGCCUUACCCUCGUUGCUUUUUGCACAAGUUCUGGAAGCCCACAGCUAUUAAAGUAGGGGAUGUAUAUCUGCCUGGUAAUGACGAUGAGUCCGAUAACCUCUUAGAGGCGUUGCCUAAGAUUCCGGAGGACGAGGCAGCCUUGCUGUACGACCUCCUGUCUAAGAUCUUUGUUUAUGAGCCCAGCGAGCGGGUAAGCGUAGAGAAAUUACUUGAUCAUCCUUGGUUCCAUAUGGAUGAUUAGAUUUGAGGGAGUCUCUCGGCUUCAUAUGCUCGAAACAGAGAUGAUCCUCGUCAAAAUCAGGCAAGUUGGCAGCCUUACCUCUGGGCAGUCGUUCCUUGAACUGGUAGGGUCCCUGUUAUAUAAGGUGGGUAAUCAGGAAUUAAUUAGUAAUUAGGGG